CGUUCCAAGGCGAAGCUAAUAGCCUGGCGGGCGAGCUAUGGAGGGCGCGACGAAUUCAGCCCUAAUGUGGCGCGCUAGCUAGGGUGCGCGGGGGCUCGCAGGAUUGGUCGUAAGCGCGCAUUCUCUAGGCGUGGAGCGAGGCGGGGAUUGAAUCACCACGGCGAUGCGGGAGUUUGGGCGCGUCAAGACGCAGAAAAUGGAAGGCCGGGUCAAGAAAUUCGUGAGGUUUGAGAGCGAUUACCUCGACUUUGAUGCCGAGGUUCCUCACACAUUUGCUUUUGAGACGAUUAAGCCGGGCAGUGGCGAUGUCCAUGGCAUCAAGCACGGAAGCAGAUGGUUCUCGGGGCUGGGCAGCUUACAGAGGUUUGGGAGGUCUCUAAAUUUUGGGGCCAGGGUCUUCUCCGAGGAUCACGAGCUCUCCGAGACCAGGAUCUUUGAUCCGAGAAGCCGAUUCAUACAGCAAUGGAACAACUUCUUCAUACUCUCGUGCUUGCUCGCGGCCUUCAUCGACCCAUUAUUCUUCUACCUCCCAGUGAUCAACCAGACGAGGAAUUGCUCGCAGCUCCGGAACAGCCUCAAAGUUGUCGUCACUGUUCUUCGCACGAUCAUCGACUGCUCCUACCUCUUUCACAUGCUUCUUCGGUUCCGGACGGCAUUCAUUGCUCCAUCGUCGCGAGUUUUUGGCCGAGGCGAGCUCGUCGUCGACUCCUGGCAAAUCGCCAAACGUUACUUGUUCAAGGAUUUUGUCAUGGACAUCUUGUCCGUCCUUCCUCUCCCACAGAUUCUCAUCUGGGGGAAUUCUCACCUUACCGCGAACAAGACCAUGAACACGCUGAGAUACAUAGUGCUCGUCCAAUACUUUCCAAGGCUGCUCCGGAUCAUCCCUUUGACAACGCAGAAGCAAAGCACGACUGGGAUCCUGCUGGAAACAGCCUGGGCUGGUGCCGCGUUUAAUCUCCUCCUUUAUAUUCUGGCUAGUCACGUGCUUGGAGCGUGGUGGUAUUUGCUGUCGACCCAAGCUCAAGACCGGUGCUGGAGGAGAAAUUGUUCCAACAGUUGCAACAGUGACUUCUUCGACUGUGGUGUUGAUAUAGACAACUCCGCGCGAACGGAAUGGUUAAAUGCAGUGCAAGCGAGCUGUUCCACAAACUCUACGUUUUCCUACGGGAUUUACAAGGACGCUCUUGACAAUGGAAUCAUCUCUACUGGACUAGACUUCGUCAACCAGUACUUUUAUUGCCUCUGGUGGGGUCUUCGCAAUUUGAGCUCGCUCGGUCAAGGCCUUGCAACAAGCAAUUACGUGGAGGAGACGCUGUUUGCCAUUCUGAUUGGUAUACUUGGCUUGAUCUUCUUCGCGUUUCUCAUUGGCAAUAUGCAGACUUACCUUGCGUCAAUAACCGUCAGACUUGAAGAGAUGAGACUCAAGCGGCGAGAUUCCGAGCAGUGGAUGCGUCACAGGCAACUCCCUCCCGUCCUUCGUGAUCGAGUUCGACGCUAUGACCAGUACAAGUGGGUCACAACCAGAGGAGUUGACGAGGAAAUGCUCGUGCAAACAUUACCUCUGGAUCUCCGACGCGAUAUCAAGCGCCAUCUUUGUUUGGACCUUGUUCGACAAGUUCCAAUGUUCGAUAAAAUGGACGAGCGGCUACUAGAAGCUAUUUGCGAGCGUUUGCAACCGGUACUCCACACCGAAGGCAACUACAUCGUCCGAGAGGGAGACCCGGUGAACGAGAUGCUCUUCAUCAUCCGGGGACGCCUCGAGAGCGUGACAACAAACGGUGGACGAACCGGCUUCUACAACGUCCAAGAGCUCGGGCCCGGUGCCUUUUGUGGAGAGGAGCUACUCACUUGGGCUCUCCAUCCCAAACCAAGCAAGAACCUCCCAUCCUCGACGCGGACAGUCCGAGCACUGGUGGAAGUGGAGGCCUUCUCACUCAAGGCCGAGGAUCUCAAGUUCGUGGCCGGCCAGUUCCGCCGCCUCCACAGCAAGCAGCUCCAGCACACUUUCAGAUACUACUCCCAGCAGUGGCGGACUUGGGCCGUGCUCUACAUCCAGGCGGCGUGGAGGCGCUUCCAGCGGAGGAAGGAGCACGAGCGGCGAGAAACCGUGGAUCAGAGCCUCCAGGAGGCUGCCAUCGACGCCAUCGCUGGGACGAGAACGUCCGGGACGUCGAUCGGGGCGGCGCUGCUGGCGUCUCGAUUUGCUGCGAAUGCUCUUCGCGGUGUACAUAGGAUGAGGCUGGCCAGGGCGGCGGAGCUGACGGUUAAGUUGUCCAAGCCGGCGGAACCGGAUUUUAGCGCUCCAGAGGAGGACGAGUAGCGCUCUAAAGAGAGAGAGGAGAGCUUCUCUCUCUUUUUUCCUAGUGUAACAUUUACCCGGGAAGAAGAAGAAAAGAUACGAAGUGUCAAUGGGUC